CCUAGCUCGGCUCUAAGUUAUUACGCCAUCUAGCGAUUGUUUACUACUAACAACCAAGAGAGGCUUCCAUUGGACAGUUUGAACCAGCCGCUGUGGACGUCCGGUAUUUAUGAAAGCUGAAGAAGUUCAAGCGAAAUUUAGAUCAAGUUAGGAUAAACAUUAGAGAAACAUGGAUGAGUAUUCAAAAAUUGAAAAAAUUGGAGAAGGUACAUACGGUGUAGUUUACAAAGGUAGACAUAAGAAAAGUAACAGACUUGUAGCUCUAAAAAAGAUCAGAUUGGAGUCUGAGGAAGAGGGGGUCCCAUCCACCGCAAUAAGGGAGAUUUCUUUGCUAAAAGAGCUGCAACACCCAAACAUUGUGUCCUUGGAAGAUGUGCUGAUGCAAGAAAAUAAACUUUAUUUGGUCUUUGAAUUUCUUUCAAUGGAUUUGAAAAAGUACCUAGACAGCAUUCCACCCGGAAAUUUUAUGGAUCCAAUGCUUGUGAAGAGCUAUCUGUACCAGAUCACAGAAGGCAUUUUGUUUUGUCAUAAACGAAGAGUGCUUCACAGAGAUCUUAAGCCGCAGAACCUACUUAUUAAUGAUAAUGGUGUGAUAAAACUUGCUGACUUUGGUCUUGCUAGGGCCUUUGGUAUUCCUGUUAGAGUCUACACUCAUGAGGUUGUAACUUUAUGGUACAGAGCACCAGAAAUUUUGUUGGGUUCUCAACGAUAUUCGGUACCAGCUGAUAUUUGGAGCAUAGGUUGUAUAUUUGCUGAAAUGGUCACAAGGCGUCCGUUGUUCCAUGGAGAUUCAGAAAUUGAUCAGCUCUUCCGCAUUUUCAGAACCCUAACAACACCAACUGAAGAAAGUUGGCCUGGUGUUUCACAACUCCCAGACUUCAAACCAUCUUUUCCUCAUUGGAAAACAAAUCAAUUGGCAUCAAGUGUCAAACAACUUGAUCGUUUGGGUUUAGAACUUUUACAGGAAAUGUUAAUAUAUGACCCUGCACAAAGAAUACCUGCAAAAGAUAUCCUUGAACAUCCAUAUUUUGAAGAUUUGGAUAAAAUGACGCUUCCUGCAAGAAACUUUACGCCAAUGGAGAUGUAUGAUUGAACUGUAUGAAUGUGGAGUUUAAAAAAAGCAUACUGAUGAACGUUUCCUUCUCUACAAUCCACCAACAUUGUGUGAACAGUCUUGUCUGUAUUAACUUGUCAUGUUUUUAUUAUCUAGAUCUACUUGUAAAUAUGUUACUCUACAUACUUUAUAUUACUCUCAUCUGUAUCAGUGCAGUAUAGUACAUGGUCCUCUUGUCUUUUCAAUCUCUGCUUCACCAUCACCAAUUACAUUUCUUGCAUUCAUUAACAUUUAUGUCUUUCACUGUACAUCAGUUUUAAGAUCAAUAUUACUUGUUUCAUUAAAUUAGUUUGGGAAAAGUUCAUUAUCAAUUUCAUGUACGAUAUUGUAAAUUGAUUUCAUUAAAAUGUCGAGCCAC